GAUAUAUAUCAACUUUGGCCUGUUCAUGUCCUUCUCUUGGCCCUCACUAUUUCUCUCUCCCUUGCUUGCUUUGAAGUAAAAACUUAAGGCUGAUCCAAAAACAAAGACCAACCCUUUAAAGAGAGAACAAAAACACAAACAACAUGCAGACAGUAAUGGAGUCAUUUGGAGCUCAAAUGGCAAAGAGGAAAGCAAUGUGGCUUUAUCCUAAAGUCUCUGGGUUUAAUCCUUCUGAGAGAUGGGGGCACUCUGCUUGCUAUUCUAAUGGGGUUGUUUAUGUAUUUGGGGGGUGUUGCGGUGGUCUACAUUUUAGUGAUGUUCUCAUGCUAAAUCUCAACACAAUGAUUUGGAAAACUCUGGAAACCACAGGGCAGGGACCUGGUCCUAGAGACAGUCACAGUGUUGUUCUUGUAGGGACUAAAAUGAUGGUGUUUGGGGGCACUAAUGGUUCUAAGAAGGUAAACGAUCUUCAUGUACUGGACCUUGUAUCGAAAGAGUGGAUACGAGCUGAAUGCCAGGGCGUCGCGCCAUCACCUCGCGAAAGCCAUACAGCAACACUUAUUGGUGAAGACAAGGUAGUGAUUUUUGGAGGAAGUGGUGAAGGUGGAGCGAAUUACCUGAAUGAUUUGCAUGUUUUGGACCUUAGGACUAUGAGAUGGACUUCACCUCAGGUGAGAGGUCAUAUCCCUGUCCCUAGAGAUAGUCAUAGUGCCGUUGCUAUAGGAAACAAGCUUGUUGUGCAUGGUGGGGACUGCGGUGAUCGAUACCUUGGAGAUGUUGACAUCUUCGACAUGGAUACUUCGACCUGGUCAAGGUUGGCUGUUCAAGGCUCGUUACCAGGUGUCCGAGCAGGUCAUGCUGCAGUUAAUAUUGGAGCAAAGGUUUUCAUCAUCGGAGGGGUUGGAGAUAAACACUAUUACAAUGAUGUUUGGGUACUAGAUGUGAUUGCUUGUUGUUGGACACAGCUUGAUAUAUGUGGCCAGCAGCCUCAAGGCCGGUUUUCUCAUACUGCUAUUCUAGCGGAGUCCGAUAUUGCCAUUUAUGGAGGAUGUGGGGAAGAUGAACGUCCGAUCAACGAAUUGCUGGUUUUACAACUCGGAAAGCAACAUCCAAAUGGUCGAUACAACAUUUCAAUGUGCAAAACUUUCGGAAGCCAUUGGAACCAAGAAAAGAGAAGAUUCUUAAGAGUAGCACCUGGCAACUUGAAAAGCAUCUAUUUUGCCGAUAUCGAAGUAGCAAAACAUGGAGAUAAUGAAGCAGAACAAGAAGCAAAGCAUUCUUCUCGGUUCGGUUCAGAUACUUCAAACCCGAAGAGGAGAAGAACCGCCACUGCAAAGGCAUGGGAGGUUGAAUUCGAGCAAGAAGAACAUUCCCUUUCACUCUCGCAGCAUUCGUCUCCUUCACAAUCUGAUCAAGAACAAGCUCCGCUACAAAAGCCCCCUGAUUCCACCACGCCCCAAGGCCUUAAUUUGUUUAAGCAGUUCCAUCAUGUUCCAAGCAAUUGUCAGCCUUACAAUGUUUCAAAUAACCAUAAGCAAACCAUAUAUACUGUCCAUAGAACGCAACAAGAUCCCCAGUUUACAAGAGAACUUCAAAACCCUCGGAAACCUGAACAAUAUCUCCAUGUUGGUGAUACUGGCAGACAAGGAAGUGGAACACAAUACUCCAUUGUUGAACAGAGACACUUGGAAGCGGGGCCUAUUCACAACCUGCUUGGUGCUGAAGUUCGAGGUAAGGUUGAUGGGGCCUUCGACUCCGGUUUCCUGGUGACAGCGAAUGUUAAUGGAAAGAUAUUCAGAGGGGUCUUAUUUGCGCCUGGGUCAGGUGUCAUCUCGAGAGGGCCAAUGCUUGCUCAAAGUCCGUCAUCAACAUGCCAGGUCAGUGGAGCUCAGCCAUUUCUAAACUCGAGCAAUUUAGAACCCUUGAACCCAUCUCAGCCACCACCAACAAUGCGUGUCACGCCAGAAUCCGGUCACAGCUCUCGGCAUUUGGCAACUAGUGCUGCUUCAUUAGCAACAGCAAAAGACCCAAAGCUAAGAAGUGAUCUAAGAGAUGUGGUUCUAACACUAGGAGGACCUGGAACUGGCCCUGUUUGACACCUUGUAGAGCACUGAAAAACAAAACCGGCUUGUUGGCAUCAAAUUAUAGACCUUUUUCAUAAAGAAAGAAAAAAAAGGAUGAUGGCCCCUUAAUCAUGUAGAUGUUGAAUAUAUAUAUAUAUAUAUAUAUAUGUUUUUAUUUUUAUUUAUUAAAAGAUGAUUAUUGUAUUUGAGUGCUUUAUUUUUUUGGUGAGGUGAUUAUGCUUUUGAGCA